UCAUUUUCUAGUAUUUAGCAUCAUAUCUCACACAUCAUUCCCUCUAUACCUCAAUUCUCACACAAUCUCAAAUUAAAUUUCUCCAAAAACCAUACAUUCUCCUAAGUCUCAUCAUAUUUAGCCAAAAUUCACAAUCUUGAUCGAUGGGGAAUCAUAGAUUCAAGCUAUCCGACAUGAUGCCAAAUGCUUGGUUCUACAAGUUAAGAGACAUGAGCAAAAUUAGAAGUCACAACCCCUCUCACUCCAUCAAGAAAAACAUGCAAUCUUCAGCCCCGAAUCCGAGGAAAUCCUUCUACAGCACCUCGGACUCGGGGUACGUUAGAAUGGACACCAAAUUGUGUCUUUCGCCGAUGAAUCCCAAAUUCAGCGACAGUCGCUUCCCGCACGAGCCUCCGAGGAAGUCCGCGAAGAGACGAGCGAAGCGGAGGACGGUCUACACGCCAUCUCCAAGAAAAAUCGCCCCUUCUGAGGCCGAAAUCCCUGCCUGGCUUAAUAACCAUGCAGGGAACAUUCAGGUCGGCCCCACCUCCCCUGUCAGGAUGGACUUCUUAGAGUCCUCCUUGUCAGGAUUCGAGUGCGAAGAAGGCUCGUGUGGAUGUGACAUCAUCAUUGACGUCGAUGACGUGUCAUACGAUGCCACCGUACCCACUGACGACAACAGCAUGGCGGAAUUCAACAUGAUAUCAGAGCAGGGCCUCCCGCCCAUCCGGACUAAGCCGGCCGCGUUCAACGGCGCGUCGGUGAAAUCUCCGGGGAGGAGCGUGGGCGGCCGGAAGUCGUUCUCCGGCGGGGUCAAAAUCCGGGGAAACGGCCGGAGACUCGGCCGGAGGAAGCCGGGAGGGCGGCGACGGAGAAACGGGGAGGAGGAGGGGAAGAAAGGGGCGUUCUUCUCCGAGAGCUUCGCCAUUGUUAAAGCUUCUUUCGAUCCAGAGAAGGAUUUCAGGGAAUCGAUGAUGGAAAUGAUUGUUGAGAAUAAUUUAAGAGAGUCUAAAGAUUUGGAAGAGCUUCUUGCUUGCUAUCUCUCACUGAAUUCAAAUAAUUAUCAUGAUAUGAUCAUCAAAGCGUUUGAGCAAAUCUGGGCUCAGCUUCAUUUGUAGAAAGAAAAAAAAUAGAUUAUUUGUAUAUUUUGCUUGAGUUAUGUAAUAAUUUAAAUGUUUGUAACAAAUUAAGUGUAAUAAGCUGUUUUUGUAAA